AUGUCUGCCUCUGAAGGAAAACCUGUUCUGCACUACCUAGAUAUCGGCUCUCUAGGUCGUGGCGAAGUUAUCCGUCUCUUCUUGAAAGAUGCCGGAAUAGACUUUGAGGACACCAGAUAUCCAUUCAAUGACAGUUGGAAGGAUACCAAGGCCGAACUGCAGAAGAAGGGGAUUAGCAGAACCGGAAAGGUCCCAGUACUCGAGUACAAGGGAAUAUAUUUGUCUCAGCACAUACCCAUUCUUCGCUAUUUGGCCCGUGAACUCAAGGCAUACGAUGGUGCCACGAGUUUGGAGAAGCACCUGGUCGACGUCGUCGCCGACUUGUAUAUUGACUGGAGGGCUCAAUGGGUAGCCAACCUGGAAAAGCUUUCGGAUUCGUACAAGAAUGAGAUUUUACCAGACCAUUACAAAACUCUUGCCUACUACUAUGGCAAGAAUGGCGGCCCAUUUCUUUUGGGUGACCGGGUCACUUAUGCGGACUUCGCCGUCUUUCAAUCGAUUGACAACAAUGAAAAAAUCGGAGCGGACGCGACACUCCCUGAAGAGUUACUGAAAUUUAAGACCGCGUUCGAGGCACGUCCUCGAGUGGCCGCUUAUCUGAAGAGCGGCCGAAAUACCAAGGCGUAG